AGUCAGUGAGGCGUCGAUUUUCAUUGGUUUGCGAACAGAAUAUGGGUUUUUUGAAAAGAAGAUAGAAAAACCGUCAGCACAGUUCUUCAUUACCAAAGGCCCCGCUUUCAUGGCGUGCGAGUGCUGCCGCUCAGCAUAAGACGAAAACGCUAUCCACCUGAAUCGACAGCAAAGUGCUCCAGGGUCGCUCUAGCGCGCAUGAGGUCGCUCUUCCGGCGGACGUCCUUUGGCGGUAAGAGGACCGAGCCGUACAAGAACGUCGGUGAGCAAGGGGCUGUUUCGUUGGAAGAUGCUCAGUUCGAGUUCCUGCCGGGUAAGUCAGACUCAUUUUUGUACGCGUGAAUUUCAUUCGAAUCUUUUCCCUUGGAUGUUAAGUAGCGACCAAAGUUUUUGUUGUGAAAGUUGUUAUUCAUGCGGUAUGCGAACGAUUCAUUCCGUUUCCGCUCCACAUUUAAUAUUUGAAUUCAGGCAUCACCCCGCGGUCCCCCGACGAAUGUCUUGCACCAGCGCCCGGGCAGCCGGGGGCGUUGGACUCAGCGGUCGCGCCUCCACCCCGACCGCUGGAAAAUCCGCCGUUGACCUUCUUGAAUAGCAAUGCGCGAAGAAAGCAGAACAAGGACUUCUCCAACAUUAACGCCUCCCCGCGCGUCCCCUCAUUAUCCAUGAAAAUGCAGCGCAGCAGGCGAGACUCCGGUGAUUCCGUGUUUUCCUUCAACGGUGAUUCGAAAGACACCGCUCCGGGAGGUGGCGGGGACGGGGAAACGUUGAAGCACGAGGAUGAGCUGAUUUCGCGGUCCCGCGAGCAGGUAGCGGCUGCGAAUAGCAAAACCCGCGAGCAGUCCGUCAGCAAGCGCGGGCGCGGCCGGGAGAACUCCAAGGAGCGGGGCGGCGGCGGGCGGGAAGACAGUGUCAUGAGUCGGCGAGACGACUCGGUGAGCCGGAGACCCGGGCUGAUGCGAAGAUUGUUCUCGGCGAAGGGGAGGAGAAAAGACGACGAGGUCGUGAAGGUGGUGACCGACACAAACGCGGGAGGGGCCAACACAAGCACGACGGACGGGGCGCAGAGCUCCGCCAGGUCACACGAGAUGAGCGCAAGGAGUGCCAGGUCGAAUUUGACCGAUCCGGAGUCCGAAGAUCCCGAGGCAUUUUUGCAGUACGCGCAGUAUUUGUUGUCCAGCGGAGAGAGUUCGGAUCCGAGUAAAUUAUGUUCGAAGGAGCACGUCCAACAGGAGCUGAAACGGGUGCCGGAGGUAGUUGCGAUGUCUGCUUGCGUUUUUGUCGCUUUCUGUUCUUUGAGUCGCGGAAAUGAUUUUCUUGCACAGGGUAACGGUAAGCAUAAGCCUAGGCAUGACAGAAAACUACAAAGGCCAAGCAAACUACUCACUGACAGAUUUCCUGGCUCGUGAAGUGCGCAAUGCAAGCACCACUACCUGCGUUUUGGACCCUACACACACCAAAGGGGAAGGAGAACGCGACACCGUAAGUUAUUUUUUUCUGUAGUUCGGGAGCGUGGUUUCUUUUUUAAAGUCUUGUCUGCAUGAAGAAUUUUCUCAUCGUCACACUGUGCACCAAAGGGAAAUGUCUUCUUGCACCAACUCCCUGCACAGGUAUUACGCGAACUCGCAAACAAUGGAAUCCUGCUGGACCCAUCCAAGUGACGCAACGUUCAAGUCGAUGAUUCUCAUUCUGCAGCGUGGCAUGGACAUUCGCGGACAGCUGAGAAGUACAACAACACAUAAUUCUUUUGAGACACUGAAAAACCGGGCCUUCUUUCAUUGCAUAUCUAGCGCAGAAGCUUGUUUCGGCAGUCACUGUGUCGUGGUACACUUGCAAAUAUUAAUUCAGGACUACUUCCAUUAAUCAGAUAUGUACUCCGGCGUCCUCCAACAAGCGGAGAAGCUUUCAACGCAGUGGCAAGGUCCGUACUACGAAAACGAAAAGGCUUACUACCACCACCUCUCCACCGGCCGGUCCGUGUGGGGUGACCCAUUCGCGAAUAGCCACUACAUCGCAGAAAUUUGUGUCAAACUCCUCGGUUUCUUCGGUUCCCGCGCCGACGUCCUCGAAGCCGCCGGGGGAUUUUCGAAGAGAAAGGAGGCCUUGAGGCAAGCGAGGAGCCGACUCGAGCAGGAGGUCGGGCCACUGGAUAGUCAGGAGCUGGCCUAUCUGUAUCAGGGGAACCUCCCCGGUGCGGUCCUCGACCCCAGUCCGAGCGUGCAAGGUGGCAGUGGACAACAUGCACAGAAUCCACAUGUUGGCGCAUCACACCCGAUGCAACUUCCGGGACACCACCAGCAGCCCGGUGCCAUGGUGCAACCAGGAGCUGCAGGCCAGAUGCACUUGAUGCCACACAUGAUGCAGAACCCCAUGAUGGCGGGCGCCAAUCCGAUGAUGGCAGCUGCGAAUCCCAUGCUGGCCGCCGCCAAUCCGCUCUACAAUCCCGCUGCAGCGGGCCAGUUUCCCCAGUUCGCGUACGGGGCGCCGGGUGCUGCGCCGGGCGUACCGGGGAUGGUGUAUCCAAAUCCGCAAAUGGCGAUGCAGUACUCGCAAGGGUACAAUCCAGCCCUGCAGCCACCGCAACCAGGACAGAUGCAACCGGCGCCGAAUAUGUACACUGGGGGCAGUGCAGGUGGCCACCAGCAGCAAGCGGGGAGUAGUAGCUCGAGCUACAAUACUUACCAACAUCAGCAACAGCACGCUCCGGAUUACUACAGCAACGCCUCCGCCGCACAGUACGGCGACCCAAGGGUGCACCCAGGAGGGGGUAGUGCUGCUGCGUCGGUCAACCCGGCCGAUGAGCACAGGCCAAACACUGCGGAGCAGAAAGGCAGCGAGUGGUUCAACAACGAUCGAAAUUUAGUGCGGUGUAACAGUCGCGGCAAGCGGCGCGACCGGUCACGAAGUAAGUCGAAAGAGCCGGACGGGUCUCUGCGGAAACUGGUCCGGGUGAAUUCACGAGAUAGCUUACCCAAGGACAUGCGGCUGCCGAGUCCGUUCUCCCAUGGGUACAAGGGACCCGCGCAGCCAGUAUCCUGAUCAAAAACGUCCCCACACCAGAGUCAAGAUGGGGAUUUCGCAACACAAACCUAGGAGUUUUGGCAGUCACGCAUGACAAGUUUCAGUCGGUAAGGUAGUGCAAGUUAGCAAGGAAAGCCGCAUCACAAAUCGAUCUGCUGAUCCUGUUCACAGCAUCACAAAUUCCAAAACACGAUUGGAAAUGGCUCUCAUGGGGAUGCGCGUUACAAGUCUUCCUGUCUUUGCAAAUCUGCAUUACAACUCUGGCGUGGGUACGUUUUUACUCAGGAUAGCCAGAGCAAGAGCACUACGUGCGGACAAACACGUCGUUGACAGGGUCGCGGAAUCCAAGCCCCGCACCGCAGCCCAGUAUCGCAAGAAAAAACUGUUUCACUGUGAGCUUGUGAUGCAGAAAAUGGAACACAGAACUAUUUGUCUUGCUACACCUGCAACACAUUGGAUUUUCAAGCGUGUUUUCCCUUGGGAAGCGCGCAUGACAGACUUUCAGUGUUGUGUGUAGCAAACUUGUGAUGCAGAUCUAGCAAAAUCAUCACAGUGAAACAGUUUUUUCGUGGGAUACCCAGAGUAGAAGAUCUAAUGCGACAAAGUCGGGACUACGCGGAUCGGCAGCUGAAGAAAGCGCCGACGCCCGGAAGCGACGGCAAAACGCUGGUACAAUAGAAGGUAGAUAAACGAAGUGCUUGAUCAACAUCUGUUGGAUGCUACUUUCGAGCGUGCCUGAUGUGGUUUUCUGUUUGAUGUCUAUACCACCUUUUUCUAAAAGUCACGUCACAACUUGCCCAAAAUCACAGACGUACAGUGACGACAGUGACCAAGAAGUUCUGAAGUAGCGGCCUGGGCAGUCGUGCGGUCUCCAAUGGUGCCUGGGGUCCAAACGGAGACGGACGUGCUGGGGGAAGAUCACAGAUUUUUUGGGUAAAGCGCAGUACUACACUAUGUAAACCAACCAUUUGAUUGACACUUCAACUUUAUGCAGAACUUCCUUUCUCUUGUUUUUGGUCAUUUUUGACGGGCCAAUGCGACUGACUGUAGCAGAUUUUGACCGAUAUUGACAUCGUGUAGAAAAAGACCAACAGACGACUUGAACCUUGUGUAGGGAUUACGGAGCCCUGUGCUGCGGUACUUGUAUCGCGAGCCUGGUCCGAAAUUGCAUGCGAAGAAAGUAGAAAUUCGAGAUAUGUGCCGAU